CCGGAGCGCGAGGACCCCCGGGAGCCUCGGCGUGGGCCUGAGGCGGCAGCCGUGGAGCCGGCCUGCCCAGGCGUCCCGAGGGCUCCGAGGGCCCCGAGACCCCCGCCCGAAGCCGGCCGCGCCUCCGGCCACUCCGCGUCGGGUGUCCACGUUCGUGGCCCCUCCCGUGCGCGCCGCGUCCCCCGCUGCCAACAGCCGCGGCGGCGGCUGCCGUGCCUCCCAGUCGUCGGGGUGAGACGUCCGGGUUUGGGCUCCGACUCGGGCCCGCCAGGCCGGAGCUGAGCCUGGUCCCAACGCCGCGCGAGGCCAGCGCGGAGGGGCUGCAGGCCUGGGUCGCGGAACCGCCUCUCGGCUGGGAGUACCCGCCUGUGGUGGCCUGAGGAGCUCCAAGGUUCCUAGACCUGUCUUCCAUCACAAGGAACUCUCUGCCCCCUGGGGCCGAGAGACCCCACCCUUUCCCCAAGCUGAAGCCGCAGAGCAUUGAGGUACCAGCCAGAUGUCUUCUCACAAAGGACCUGUGGUGGCCCAGGGCAGUGGGGCUCCUGCCGGGAACAGGGAGGCGGACACAGUGGAGCUGGCUGAGCUGGGCCCCCUGCUAGAGGAGCAGGGCAAGCGGGGCGUCGCCAGCCCAACCAAAGCCGAAGAAGAGCGGGUACGUGCAGUGCCUCAGGAAGAGGAGGAGGAGGUGCGGGUGCUGACGCUGCCCCUGCAAGCCCACCAUGCCAUGGAGAAGAUGGAGGAGUUUGUGUACAAGGUCUGGGAGGGGCGCUGGAGGGUCAUCCCAUACGAUGUGCUCCCCGACUGGCUGCAGGACAACGACUACCUGUUGCACGGCCACAGGCCGCCCAUGCCCUCCUUCCGCGCCUGCUUCCAGAGCAUCUUCCGCAUCCACACGGAGACCGGCAACAUCUGGACCCACCUGCUUGGUUUUGUGCUGUUUCUCUUUCUGGGAAUCCUGACCAUGCUGAGACCAAACAUGUACUUCAUGGCCCCCCUUCAGGAGAAGGUGGUGUUCGGGAUGUUCUUCCUGGGCGCGGUGCUCUGCCUCAGCUUCUCCUGGCUCUUUCACACCGUCUAUUGUCACUCAGAGAAGGUCUCUCGGACCUUUUCCAAGCUGGACUACUCAGGGAUCGCCCUGCUCAUCAUGGGGAGCUUCGUGCCCUGGCUCUAUUACUCCUUCUACUGCUCCCCGCAGCCACGGCUCAUCUACCUCUCCAGCGUCUGUGUCCUGGGCAUCUCUGCCAUCAUUGUGGCCCAGUGGGACCGGUUUGCCACUCCUAAGCACCGGCAGACAAGAGCAGGGGUGUUCCUGGGGCUUGGCUUGAGCGGCGUCGUGCCCACCAUGCACUUUACAAUCGCGGAGGGCUUUGUCAAGGCCACCACGGUGGGCCAGAUGGGCUGGUUCUUCCUCAUGGCUGUGAUGUACAUCACCGGAGCCGGCCUUUAUGCCGCGCGGAUUCCUGAGCGCUUCUUCCCUGGAAAAUUCGACAUAUGGUUCCAGUCUCAUCAGAUCUUCCACGUCCUGGUGGUGGCAGCCGCCUUCGUCCACUUCUACGGGGUCUCCAACCUUCAGGAGUUCCGAUACGGCCUGGAAGGGGGCUGUACUGACGACUCCCUCCUCUGAGCCGCCCCGCAAGGGCACAGCAGGAACUUCCCAAGUGCUUUUAAAAUAACUUCUUUGCUGAAGUGAGAGGAAGAGUCUGAGUUGUCUUGUUUCUAGAAGAAACCUCUUAGAGAAUUCAGAACCAACCGAGCUUCAGCCCACUUCACACUCACCGGGCAAUAAACUCUCCAUUCCCUCGCUGAGAGCAGUGGGGAUGGGCAGACGUGGCCGCACGCCCCUCGGUAAGGCGACUACUGUCCCCUCACAGAGACGGGGCUUUGAAGCUCAUGUUGAGAGUUUACCCCUCCUCCAACCGUUCUGGGGAAAAAUGAUGGACUGGGACUCUUCAGAAAUUCUGUUUCUGGAAGAAACUGUCCCUCCCUCACCCCUGUCUUGACUUUGUAACCUGGCUUAUAACAGGCCAUCCGUUUUUGUAGCACACUUUUGAGAAACAGUUACAACCUCGUCCAUCUUUCUAGGGCCUGGACUUGCUCACACAGCAGGAAGAGCAAAGCCACCAACUUUUACACAGCUGGCUAAUCAUGGAAGUGUGUCCAGGCUUCAAAUAACUUGAGUUUUAAUGUUUUCUUGGCAGAGUAAUGUAAAAUUAAAGUGGGGAAAGAUAUUUAAUAUUUAAUACUAAGCUUUAAAAAGAAACCUGCUAUCAUUGCUAUGUAUCUUGAUGCAAAGACUAUGAUGAUAAUAAAAGAGUACAGAAGACA